AUGUUGACAUUUACAGCGUUGUUUCUAGCAAGUUGUGUAGUUUUGGGAUCUUCAGCAGUGACUUUCAGGUGUGACUGUCUGCAUAAUGAAGCGGAAGGGGCGCUGUGCAGAUGGAAGGGCAAGUGGCACCCUGCCAACUGCACAAACACUCCUGUGCUUCUGAUCGGAAAGGGACAACCACAGGGAUAUUUCAAGCUGAAGCUCAAAGUGUACGCCAUUUUUCAUGGAAACGGCCACCGGCUGCACACCCUUAAUUGCACGGACGAGGACUCAAGCGAGGAUUCACUCAAUGCCACAACAUGCUCCGACUCCGACUGGCGGAGUAUAACACAACAGGUCCCUACAGAAGAGACGGUAGAGCAGUCUGCCGCGUCUGAACAGGGACCCUCAGACACAACUAAGGGUAGCGGUUCGGACGACGAAGAGACAGCGAGCAGUGCUCCCAAAAGUGAGGGGGAGGAGCAGGAAGCUUCGGGGGAAGGUGAGGAAACUCCAAAGGAAGAUCAGCAAAGUCCGGGGGAAAAGCGGGGAACUGCUGGGGAGAAGCGGGGAGCUUCGGGGAAAAAGGACGGAGCUGGAGGUGAGGGCUUGACCCGAAAGGAACCAGAAAAGGGAGGAGCAACUCAGGGAGGGAAGCAUACUCACCCUCGAGGGGAAUCUUCACCAGAAAAAGGUACAGUGAAUGAUCACCAGCGCGAUGCUGCAGAAGAUGGCACGACGACCAAUGGGAAACAGGAUGCAGACCCAGGAAGGGAGGAACCAGUGCGCGGACGGGAUGAUACAGUUGCAGCAGGUGCAGGAAUUGUAUCAAACACAGGAAGAAUCGACCGCAAACCAGAAAACAAAAAAGGAAACAACGUGAGAUAUGGAGCGAUACAGAACCUCCUUGUCGCAAUUGUAUGCUUUAUCACCGGAUAA